AUAAUCCCAUUCCCAAUCAUUGUGUGAGUGGAAAACAACGAAAUUAUCUCCAGCAUAAAUGAGAUCAGCCAAUAACAUUUGCCACCCAUGGAAUUAGCCUCCUCUUCUUCAAUCCCACAACCCAUGCUCACGCUCACCUCCUACAGAGAAUGCCUCAAGAACCACGCCGCCACCGUCGGCGGCCACGCCCUCGACGGCUGCGGCGAGUUUAUGCCUUCACUAACCGCCACCCCCGCCGAUCCCACCUCUCUAAACUGCGCUGCUUGUGGCUGCCACCGCAACUUCCACCGCCGAGAACCCGACGAUCCCUGGCCAAACCUCGCCGCCCACCGCCGUUACCCUUACCACUCUCAUGGGCUCUCAAGCCCGAGCCCAAACAAGGCCCAAAGCCCAUCCUCGCCGGUCCCUUUACCAAUUUCGCACAUACCGCCCCCGCUCCACUUCUCGGCCCCCCACAUGUUGCUGGCAUUGAGCACCGGAGCGCCACCGGACGACCGCCGUGGCGAUCAAUUGACAUUGAGCCCAAAAGAGAGGAAGAGAAAGAGGACCAAAUUCAGCGUGGAGCAGAAGGAGAAGAUGUACUUAUUCUCGGAGAAAAUGGGAUGGAAAAUUCGCAAAAGUGACGAGAGGUUAGUGGAGGAAUUCUGCAAUGAAAUUGGGAUCGGGAAGCGGGUGCUCAGAGUUUGGAUGCACAAUAACAAAUACGUCGUCGGAGCAGCUGGGAAGGGGGACAGAGCCAGAGCUUCUCACAGUUCUGAUAAUGGUGGAAAUGAUUCAAAAGAGAGUACAUAAUUUGUUCCUCCAUAUCCGCCAUUUAACUAUUCAUUACAUCGCAGAAAAAAGGGAAAAAAAAAAUCCGCCCAGUUGAUGUAAAAAAGUAUGAGAGUAGUGAUUAUGAUAAAGCAAUUAUUUGGGGAUACUUUAAUUUUGUGAUGUUUAGUGAAUGAUCUGAAGUUGGUUGAUUUGGAUCUGUUUGGACAAAGAAAGGGGAAGUGAAAGAGUUGUGAAUUUUGAGAGAGAUUUGUUGGGAUAUGAAAUCUGCAAUUUUGUCUGAUGCAUAACAGGAGGUAGGUUCCUAAUUCUUGCACAAACAUGUUUGCUGUCUCUCUAGCCUCGCUUUUCCAAGCUUCCUUCCUUCUUUAUAAAUUAAAUGUCACAUCUCUUCAUCCAACAA